UCGGUCGGUCGGUCGGCAGUGAUUCGCAGUGCUUGUAAAAGAAAGUUAUUCCUUCGGGUAGGUUGACUUCCAUUGUGUGUUUGCGCCUCAGAAUCUGUAUCCCCCAGCAGCAGUGAGAAAGUGGUGCGAAAAAGUUUGGCAAAGCCGAAAUCGAUAACCACAAUAGUCCGUGUGGUGACACGAUCAGCUCGCUGCAAUAAUCCGAAGGCUUGCGGGAAGCAAGGAACGGGGAAAAUGACAUCAUUCUUCAACGUUGGGGCCCUCGGUGGCAAUCCGUUUUCGACUCCUGUGGGGCAGAAAGUAGAACAAGCAACAGAUGCUAGUCUGGCCUCGGAGAACUGGGCACUGAACAUGGAAAUCUGUGAUAUGAUCAACGAGUCGUCGGACGGCGCACGGGACGCGAUGAAGGCGAUUCGCAAGCGGCUGGCACAGAAUGCGGGCAAAAACUACACCGUUAUCAUGUACACGCUGACCGUGCUGGAAACGUGCGUGAAGAACUGCGGCAAGGCGUUUCACGUGCUGGUCGCGAACAAAGAGUUCAUCCAGGAGCUGGUGAAGCUGAUCGGGCCGAAAAACGAUCCGCCACCGAUCGUGCAGGAGAAGGUGCUGAGCCAGAUACAGAUCUGGGCCGAUGCGUUCCGCUCGCAGCCGGACCUGAAUGGCGUGGUGCAGGUGUACCAGGAGCUGAAGAACAAGGGCAUCGAGUUUCCGGCCACCGAUCUUGAUGCGAUCGCUCCGAUCUACACCCCACAACGGAGUGUCCCCGAUGGAGCACCUGCACCGGAAUCAGUAAACACUUUGCCAGUUUCACCACACCACCAUGCAUCGCAAACGCCUGGAUCGCCAGCAAUGCCUCCACCAUCAUCCCUCUCGCAGGAUCAGAUCGCCAAGUUGCAGUCGGAACUUGAUAUUGUGGCGAUGAACAUGUCGAUCCUGGGUGAAAUGUUAACCGAGCUGAAGCCUGGCCAGGAGGAUGCAGCUGACUACAAGCUAUUAACGGAUCUGGCCGCAACCUGCCGGGAAAUGCAAUCUCGCAUCGUGGAACUCAUCGGCAAGGUGCAGCACGACGAAUUGACGGCCGAGUUGCUGCGGUUGAACGACGAGCUGAACAACCUCUUUCUGCGGCACGCCCGCUAUGAGAAGAAUCGCGACCCCAAGAGCGCCACCAGUGCCACGCCGUCGGCGAUUCUCGGGGCGGCACUUGGGGCACCGGGAGCAGGCGAACCGCGUGAUCCCGCUUCCCUCAUCGAUCUAAGUGACGAGACCGGCGGAGCGGCCGGUGGAGCUGCGGCGGCAGCAGCGCGCGCCAACAUCAUCAGUUCGCAGCUGGCCGGACUCAGCUUGGCGGCGGCGAGUGCCACCGGUUCACCGGUUACCGCCUCGUCCCAGCUGGCCCAAAUUACGAGCGUAUCGGCGCAGUCCGGAUCGGCAGCGUUGGGAGUCAAGUCGCCGAGCAGAAACCAAACGACGGCCACCAACAGUAGCACCAGCACCAUUCCACCGGAUGUCGUGUCGGAUGAGUUCGACAUGUUCGCCCAAUCGAGAAACACCACCGGUGAUAAAGACCCGACGACGAGGCUAGACCUUCUGGGAGCAACCGCUGGUAGCAAUCCACUGGGCACGAGGGAGUCGGAAUUUGACGAAAUUGAACAGUGGCUAGGAAACCCGGAUGACAUCGACAACCUCGAGGCACAGCUUGCGGCAGGUGGGGCAAUGGGUGGCGGGGCCUCCAGCGGCGGUGCCGGCACGGAGGAAAGCCUAACAAGCAAAGAGUUUGAAAAAUUCCUUGCUGAACGGGCGGCCGUGGCCGAUACUCUGCCGACGAUAAGCAGCCAAAGCUCUAGCAACAGUCCGGCGGUGGCGAAGGAUCGUAAGAAAAAGUCCGACGAAACCGACGGGCUAUUGGCGCUGUGAGAGCUGCUACCAUAAGACGAAAGAACCCGAGUGGUGUUAGACUAAGUUCAAUCGGGUUGAGUUGUUUUUCAUUAUGUUUUGAAUAUUUGUUUAAGUUUCAUUUUUUUAAAUUUCUUAUAGUUUCCUUUUAAUGAUACCAAUUUUCUUAUGUUGUCAUUGGUUGCAAGAUAUUCUUCUGUAUAACGAUAGGCUAAGGAGGGAUGUUUUUGAUCGGAAAGAAAUGUAAGAAGUAGAGAGGGAGGGACUUUCGCCAAACAAACCAAAAUUGAGAAUGUCAACAGGUAGAGCGAUGAAGAAAAGGGUAAAAGCUGAUCGUACUAAUAAGGACAAGUUAAACCAUGUUUUACUAUCUAAUGCGUUUGUUUUCUUUUUAUCGUACCCUUCGCCCCGCGUCCUGUGUUGCAUUCAAGUUAUGCAAAAGUGAGCCAUAUACAUAUACAUUUAAUAGUAGUACUACGCAAAGGAGCAAAUAUCGGUUCCGGGAUUCGGGAGUGAGCCGUCGCUUUCAAGAAGGACGAAAUAUAUUUAAUUGUGAGCUAGUUGUAUUUAUUGAAUUAAGCGUCCCUCCUGCAACCAUUUAGUGUGUUAGGAAUGAACAGGCUACAGAGCUGGAAACAAGAAUGAUGAGGAUAAGUGUGAAAGUUAUGAGCAGAACACUGAAACCCGGUCAUCUUUGCUCAUAAACGGUUUGUAAAUUUACUUUGGUUUAGUAUUUGGUUCCAUUAUUUCAAUACUUUGACCGUUUGCGUUUUCUUUUCUUUAGGAGCAUUAGUUACACCGUUUAGCUGUUCUCAUACAUUUGUUAAAUGUUUCACAUUGUAGGAAAAACGUAAAGAUGUGUAUAUUUUUCCAUCAGUUUUUCAGCGUAUACUUACUUGCAUGGUAUUAGGAAUUAGGGGCAGACUGCCGUGCAUUACCAUCCAGCCAACGGUGGACAUGUGAGAGGACAUAACUUUACUAAUCCUACGCAAAACCCACCAAAGCUAGUCGGGUUCAUAAUUUUGUCGGUUGCUAGUUUCAUUUUAUUUUUCCUUGCGUUCUUGAUCGGUGAGUUGUUUGUUUUGUGUGCGCUGUGCCGCUUCGGAAACGAAAAAAAAACGAAAUACAAACCCAUCAUGUUGCAGUUUUCAGAUUGGCUGUUUGUAACGAAACGAA